AUGGAGGAAGAGAAAUCAGCAACGUUGGAAAAGACUGGCUCAGGCCAUAUAGCCACCCAAUACGCCGAGGGUCUAGGGACAAUUGGUCAUGUCCAAAGCCUUUCACGCAAGUUUAGCCCAUGGAGCAUGCUAGCACUCUCAUUCAGCGUCCUCGGAACUUGGGCGACUUUUGCAGUUGAUCUAUCGAAUGGGUUGUCAAACGGAGGACCCAUCACUAUCCUCUACGGCCUCCUUCUUGUCACAUUCUGCAACCUCUGUGUGGCUCUUUCCCUGGGCGAGCUGUGCAGCAGCAUGCCAACCGCAUUAGGGCAAGCCUACUGGGUUUCCCGCCUCUGGAAAUCCUCACUUGGUCGAUUUGUCUCGUAUUCUUGUGCUUGGAUUAAUGUCUUUGGCUGGUGGACGCUAUCCGCGUCGCAAAAUGCAUUUAUGACAGAAAUUAUCCUCGGGUUGAGGACGGUGUCCAACGAAAAUUGGACUGGGGCAAGCCUGGGGUGGUUGAAGUUUUUCAUUUACUUUGCCAUCACUAUGUUGAUGACAGUCUCAAAUGUCAUUGCUUGUCGGAAAGAUUGGAUUCUCCGCUGGUUCAACAAUCUCGUCGGCGCCUGGUUUGGUGGAGAGUUCGUCCUUUUCUCUCUCGUUUUAAUCAUCGCAGUCGGCGUCAAAAGCGACCUGUCAUUUCAACCACCUUCGUUCGUCUUCGGAACAUGGAUCAACAAUACCGCAUGGAAUGAUGGCGUCGCUUGGUUUAUAGGGCUGGUACAAUCCGCCUACGGUCUGACAGCUUUCGAUGCUGUGAUUCAUUUGAUCGAAGAGCUCCCAUCGCCCCAGAAAAAUGGCCCACGGAUCCUUUGGCUUUCCAUCGUCUCCGGCGCAUUCUCAGGCGGUAUAUUCAUGAUAGUUUGCCUUUUUUGCAUUCAAAAUCUGGAGAAUGUGCUAUCGCCAGCUUCCGGACUUCCUUUUUUAGAGCUUGUGAGGCAGACAGUCGGCCCUAAGGGGACAAUCGCCCUCUUCAGCAUCUUUACAUUCAAUGGCCUGGGCCAAGGCGUCAGUAUUACGACAACUGCGUCUCGGUUAACAUGGGGGUUUGCUCGCGAUGGUGGCAUUCCCUUCAGCAACUAUCUUAUGCAUGUCGAUCCCUACUGGAAAGUUCCAGCAAGAGCCCUUUGGUCCCAAGGUGCUAUCAUUUCCCUGGUGGGCGUUCUAUACUUCUUCACCGAGGCCGCUGUUGAUGCAGUGGUCAGCGUCUGCACAAUCGCUUUGACCAUAUCAUACGCGCUGCCGAUAUUCGCGGUUAUUAUUUUUGGAAUGUCUGAUAUUCCGCUAGGAACAUUCUCUCUUGGGCGUUUGCGUCCUAUGAUUAACUGGGUUGCACUUAUAUACUGCUGUGUUACUACAGUGUUUUUCCUCUUUCCUGGCUCGCCAUCUCCUACUGUUACCACAAUGAACUGGGCUAUUGCAGUAUUUGGGGCGAUGCUGCUGGUUGCAAUUGGCUUUUGGUUCACCAAAGGGAAGCACACAUACUUGCGGACCGAUGGCGCCCUGGGUGAGGUAUUUCGCGCUGCGCAACUGGAAACCCUGGCUCAGUAG